CCUCUUCUUGGUCUUGAGUUGGAGGCAGGGGAAGACAGUGAGAGAGAGGAAAAAUCGAGUCUUUUUCCGUCUUUAAGAAUCAAGAUAGCUUGAUUUGCUGGUUUCGUUGAUCCCUCCGUGUCUUUUCUGCUGAAUCUUCGGAGGGUAGAGAAUAUCUGGAAAGUUGAGCUGUUUCCUCCGGCUGCCCAUUUGAACUCCUCUACCAGCUGAACACAAGCAAAAGCCUCCUCCUCAGUCUUCCAUUUUUGAACCUGGCAAAUUUUAUCUGCCUCUUUCUCUAUCUGCGCUCUGCUUUUGUUGUGUAAUGUCUCUCCGUUGUUGGUUUUACCAGCGAGUUGCUAUUAGUUUAAUGGUUUCGGGGGUGGGGCGGGGAAGCCUUCAAUAUCCCUGCGUCUCUCUGCAACAUCCUUUUGUCUUCUAAUGCUGUUCUUCACGAGGCCUUGACAGGACCUGCAGCCAGUAGGCUUUUCUUGCUCAAAUCCUGCGAUUGCUGCCGGAAUUUGGAAGAUUCCAGUUGCCGGAAGAUGGGUCGGGCGACGCGGUGGCUGCGGAGACUCUGGAGUGGGAAGAAGGAGAACAAGGAGGCCAAGGACUGCUCCGGCUACGGUGGCGGUGAGGACAGGAGGGAGAAGAAAAGGUGGAGCUUCACGAAACCGGCCAGGGACACAGGCGACGUGCUGUUGGGUCAAAACGCCACGACGGCCGCCGCGGUGGAGGCGGCGUUGUUUAGGUCCUUCUACUCGGAGAGUGAGAAGGAGCAGAGCAAGCACGCCAUUGCGGUGGCCGCGGCCACUGCUGCGGCUGCGGAUGCGGCGGUGGCGGCCGCACAAGCUGCCGUCGCGGUUGUCCGGCUUACGAGCCAUGGGAGGGGCGCCAUCUCCGGCGGCAGCCUCGAGCGUCGAGCUGCGGUGAAGAUCCAGACGGCAUUCAGGGGAUACUUGGCAAAGAAAGCUCUCAGAGCUCUGAAAGCGUUGGUUAAGCUACAAGCCCUCGUCAGAGGCUAUCUCGUGCGCAAGCAAGCGACCGCCACUCUUCAUAGCAUGCAGGCUCUCAUCAGAGCUCAGGCCACUGUCCGAGCGCAGAGAGCUCGAAAUCUCGUUCGGAAUGAGAAAAGGUUUCAGCCGGAAAUCCGCCACCGGCGAUCUUUGGAAAGGUUCGACGAGUCCUGCCGAAGCGAGAACUUGUCGUCGUUCCAUGGUAGAAGGCUUUCCGCGAGCCUUGACAGUGCUUCCAAUGGCUUUGAUAGGAGCCCGAAGAUUGUGGAGAUAGACACCUGCCGCCCGAAGUCGUCGAGAUCUUCCCGACGAGCCAAUCCGUCUGUUCUCGACCCCGCCGAUGACUUCCACUCGAGUUCCAUCUCUUCCCCGCUCCCGUGCCAGAUUCCAGCCAGGAUCUCCAUCCCCGACUGCCGGAACUUCCAAGACUACGACUGGUGCCUCGCAGGCGACAAGUGCCGGCUAUCCGCGACAGCGCAGAGCACUCCCCGCUACAUGAACUCAAUUAGCAAUCUGCCCGUCACUCCGGCCAAGAGCAUGUGCGGCGCAGACUCCGCUCUCCUCCGCUUCACGAACGUUCCAAACUGCCCCAACUACAUGUCAAGCACGCGGUCCUUCGAGGCGAAGUCGAGGUCCCAGAGCGCCCCGAAGCAGCGGCCGGAGCCGGCGGGGACGAGAAAGAGGCUGCCUUUGACUGAGGUAAUGCUCGAAUCCCGGGCUAGUCUGAGCGGAGUCGGAAUGCAGAGGUCCUGCUCUCGCGUCCAAGAGGCCUUCAACUUCAAGAGCGCCGUCGUUGGGAGGCUCGAUAGGUGCUCGGAGCCGCGGAAGGAGGCAGAGAGGGAGUUCUACUGGCACAGGAACUCGUAAUGCCAAAGGCUACCAAGAAGAUUACAAGAAUAAGAGGAGGUCUCUUAACUUCCUCUAUUGAUCGUUUCGUUUCAUAUGUUUUCCUGUUGCGAUCACAACAGUGGUCGAUGUAAAUUCUGUGUCUCUGAUCGAGAAAUCCUUAUUCUUCUUCCA